AUGGUCAACACCGCCAAUCAACCCAGCUACAAUACUAUACCGCUAUUGAACAAUGAUAUCGAGCCAAUUGCUGCAAGCACUAGACGUCGUAGCAAGUUGUCUCGUGUUCUAACAGCAACGGUGCUAUUUGCUGUUGGAUCAGUGCUCAUUGUGGCAAUUGUGGCACAAGUAACUCGCUCAAAACCAGCUGCACGUCAACGCAACGUGAUCUUGAUGAUUAGCGAUGGAUUUGGACCUGCCUCGGAAACAUACGCACGCCAAUAUCACAUGUGGCGAGAGAAAUUACCACCUACCUCUAUGCUCCCACUUGAUCACAUCCAUGUUGGUCAAAGUCGCACACAAAGCUCAUCAAGCCUAAUCACUGAUAGUGCUGCUGGUGCUACAGCCUUUUCUUGUGGUUUGAAAACUUACAAUGGUGCUAUUGGUGUUGAUCCUCAAAGACGACCAUGCGGCACAGUGCUUGAAUCAGCCAAGAUACAACAUGGCAUGUUGACAGGCCUAGUAGCCACAUCUCGUAUUACACAUGCUACUCCUGCAGCCUUUUCAGCUCACGUUGCUUGGCGUAAUGAAGAGAAUGAGAUCGCUGAACAACAAAUAGGAUACAAUCCUUUGGGUCGUACCGUCGAUCUCAUGUUUGGUGGAGGCAUUUGUGAGUUUCUUCCAAAUACUACAGAAAAUAGCUGUAGAGAAGACAGCCGUGAUUUGUUUACCGAAGCCAAGGAACAAUUCGGAUGGACCGUAAAGCUCUCUCGUGAUGAAUUCGAUGCCUUUAAUCCUAAUGAUGUCUCUUUACCACUCAUGGCAUUAUUUGCACCUAGCCACAUGAAUUACGAAUUGGACCGGGAUCCCACUACGCAACCAUCACUCAAGGAUAUGACUGAAAAGGCUUUGAUCACGCUCAAUUCGGCCUCACAAAAGAAUGGAAAAGGAUUCUUUUUGAUGGUAGAAGGCAGCCGUAUAGAUAUGGCCUCCCACUCCAAUGAUCCUGCUACGCAUUUUUAUGACAUAUGGGAAUAUCAACAAACAAUCAAUGCUGUGCUCAAAUUUGUCGAGGAUCAUCCUGAUACGGUGCUUAUCUCUACCAGUGAUCACGAAACUGGAGGUCUCACUAUUGGCCGACAAGUGACGGAUGAAUACCCAGAAUACAAAUGGGAGCCUGAAGUUAUCAGCCGUGUACGCAAUUCUAGCGAGGUGUUGGCCCGUGCAUGGGAUGCAGCAGAGCAAGAUCAAGUGGAUUAUCUAGUGGAUGAAAUCAUUGGCAAUGGAUUGGGAAUCUCGGAUCCAAGCGACAAGGAAAUCGAUAGGCUGGUUACAUGGAAAAAGACAAGCAAAGAUGUGCUUGCUUUAGAAUACAUGUUGGGUGACAUGGUUAGUCGACGUGCUGAAAUUGGUUGGACUACCCAUGGCCAUACAGCUGUUGAUGUGAAUUUGUAUGCAUUUGGAAAAGGCACCAAGCGUCUUAGAGGAAGCCACGAAAACACCGAUAUCAACGAGUUCAUUGUUGACUAUCUGGAUCUGGAUUUGGGCCAAGCUACUGGAGAACUCAAUAGACGAUUACCUUGA